AUGAGACAUGGCUGGAAGAGCUUCGCUCUAACGGCGUGCACCCCCUUAGGCCUGCCGACGGACGGCGGCGGCUGCACCCUCAUGGCCAAGGUGGAGGUCAACGGUGGGCGGGAGGACCCGGUCUGGGCCUUCCUCAAGGCUGGUGGGAAGGACGUGUCUUGGAACUUUGCCGCCUUCUUCGUCGCGCAGUGA